AUGAGUGGCUCUGCCGAUUUCUUAUCGAAGGGAAUAGACUUAGUCCAGAAGGCUAUCGAUGCCGACACUGCCACCCGCUAUGAGGAAGCUUACAAACUCUACUACAACGGCUUGGAGUACUUGAUGUUGGCUAUCAAAUACGAGAAGAAUCAGAAGUCCAAGGAACUCGUCAAGUCCAAGUUCACUGAGUACUUGACUAGAGCUGAACAGUUGAAAGAUCACUUGGAAAAGCAACUGAACAAGUCAAACUCUGCCGAAAGCUCAUCAACGAACGGAUCUACAAAGGCAAAGAAGAGUGGCGACGGUGACGAUGACGAUGCCGAUACUAAGAAGUUGAGAGGAGCUUUAGCUGGUGCCAUUUUGUCAGAGAAGCCCAAUGUCAAAUGGGAGGAUAUUGCUGGAUUGGACGCAGCCAAGGAGGCGUUGAAGGAAGCCGUGAUUUUACCGGUCAAGUUCCCCCAAUUAUUCGUCGGGAACAGAAAGCCUACGUCCGGUAUCUUGUUGUUUGGGCCUCCAGGUACGGGUAAGUCAUAUUUGGCCAAGGCUGUGGCCACCGAAGCCAACUCUACUUUCUUCUCAGUUUCAUCGUCUGAUUUGGUAUCCAAAUGGAUGGGUGAAUCCGAAAGAUUAGUCAAGCAGUUGUUUACAAUGGCCAGAGAAAACAAGCCGGCCAUUAUCUUCAUCGAUGAAGUUGAUGCUUUGUGUGGUCCCAGGGGAGAAGGAGAAAGUGAAGCGCUGAGGAGAAUAAAGACAGAACUAUUGGUUCAGAUGAACGGGGUUGGAAACGAUUCUAGUGGUGUGUUAGUCUUGGGAGCAACCAAUAUUCCAUGGCAAUUGGACGCCGCCAUCAGAAGAAGAUUCGAAAGAAGAAUCUAUAUUGCUUUGCCAGAAGUAGAGGCCAGGACUAGGAUGUUUGAAAUCAAUAUCGGUGGUGUUCCUUGUGAAUGUACUCCUCAGGACUACAAGGCCUUGGCCGAGAUGACUGAUGGAUACUCUGGACACGAUGUGGCCGUUGUAGUAAGAGACGCAUUAAUGCAGCCUAUUAGAAAAAUCCAGCAAGCAACCCACUUCAAGCUGGUAUUAGAUGACGACGGGAAUGAAAAGUUGACUCCUUGUUCUCCAGGAGAUGAUGGCGCAAGAGAAAUGAACUGGAUGGAUAUUGGAACAGACGAAUUAAAGGAACCUCCAUUGACAAUUAAAGACUUCAUCAAAUCCAUAAAGAGUAAUAGACCUACUGUCAAUGAAGCCGAUAUUCAAAACCACAUUAAAUUCACCGAAGAUUUUGGUCAAGAAGGAAACUGA